CCGCCAAAAGCGACACACGACAAAGCCGGAUUGGAUUACGUCGGGUUGCCACGACCUGCACCUGUCGACAUCAGGAAGUCUGCUACGCUAUUGCUGCUUCUGACCUCACAGCUUGUUUUUCUCUCUUUUCUCUCAAACUAUACUACGCCCGGCUGCGCAAAGUCUUGUAGCUUUCUGUCUGCAUGGCCCGGUGACACAACGGCCUUGGACUCACGCAGCGACAGGAACCUUCGUUAUGGAGAAAUACAGCCAGUUCCGCGAUAAAGGCACAGCGAUAGCGCCUUUCCUGCCUGUUCCUGCCCCGCCGUCAAGCGUUAUUUGGGCGCCCUUCCACGCUUUCCUGUUCGUCUUCCGGCUGCCGUUUGUGGUCUCGAUCUCGUUUUUCUACUUCUGUAUACUGGAAUGGAUACCCAUGGGGUCGGCGGUGAAGUACGGUGUGCUGUGGUUGAUGCUGGGCAUUCCGGGGGUGUGGUGGGUGGAUUUGCAGGUUGACGGUGUGAAGAGAGGACAGCUACACUCGGCAAGAGACAACCUGCCCAAAGCCGGCACGAUCAUUGCGAGCUCGUUCACGUCGCCGCUUGACCCUCUCUACCUCGCCGGUAUCUUCCAGCCAAUCUUCACACGCUCAUACCCCAAUACCCGUAGAGUGGAACGCAUAUCCCUCUUCCGCGCCAUUCUGCUCGCUUUCUCAGCCCCAAAGCGCUCCCCACCGUCCUCCGCCAAACUCGUCGCGCUGCAGCACCUCACGACAGAGAACCCACACAAAAUAAUCUGCGUGUUCCCCGAGACGACGACAACAAAUGGCCGCGGCAUUCUCCCUCUGGCUCCCAGCCUGCUAUCAGCGGGCGGAAACACGAAGAUAUAUCCCGUCAACUUGAGAUACACUCCACAGGACAUCACGACGCCUGUCCCGGGCGGCUACUUUAGCUGGCUCUGGCGCCUCCUGUCGAAACCGACGCACCAAAUGCGCGUCCGCAUCGCUACGCGUAUCUACAACAGCACGAGUCAAGACUCGCCUUCCAAACAGACUUCCUCAGCGAGAGCUUCGGGGUCGGGCUACGAUACCAACAUCUUCGAUCACCCGGACUUCCGGAACGGAGUAAAUGGCAAUGACGGACACGAUGGUCUGAUGGCCGUUGAUGUCGGUGAUGGUGAUGGAGUGAGCGCCGACGAGCAAAAGGUACUGGAUAGGGUUGGCGAGGAUCUAGCCAGGCUGGGCAGGGUGAAGAGGGUUGGUCUAGGCGUCGAGGAGAAGAUUGAGUUUGUCAAAGUUUGGGGAAGUCGGAGGCGGUAAAAAAGGAAUGAAAACGGACGAAUGUGUUGGAAGGUGCACGGAUUAAAUCGUGGGAACAAGGAUAGGAAGAGGUAUAUCAAUGGAACGAAAUUAUGCUUUACUUACGCAUAUGAUCUGAAGCGAACAUUUUGCACCACUGUGCUGUUGAAUACAGUGUAAAAGGCUCUUCAUCAGCGGCCCACCAUAGCAGAGAGGACAAUUCACUCUCGAGGGCAGAAAAAGUGCGAG